AUGAAGCCCGUCGUCAGUGCCAUGAAGGCAUGGUCAUGCACCGUCAUGUCCGUCUUCGCAAUCGUCAUCCUCACCGUCCUCGGCGUGCUCUACCGCUCCGGCCACGAGGAGCUCGUCGGCGGCAUCGACGAUCCCUCUGAUGGCAAGGCCAUCUCCAAGACUGUCUUCUCCGCCGUCUUUGUCUACAUUGCUUUCUUCGUCUUCUGCGGCCUCCAAGGCCUACUCCACAUCCGAGAAAACCGAAGGGGCGCGAUUUCCUUGUGA